AUGCGCGAGCAGCAGCAGUCCCAAGCGACUCAACCCUGGCUCGUCCACUCGCUGCCUGUUAACGCCCUGAAUUUCUGCGCCUUCUCCCUACUCUUCCUCGAUGAUCAGACAUCCCCAGAUCAACAGAAAGCAGCGUCAGACGCCCAGCCACCUGGGCGCGCCGCGCUCUUCGCCGUCCCUAACGCCCUCGACUCAGGCGCAAUCGAUCUCUUCCACCUGCCGCGCGAAACACGCCUCUGCACCAUCCCAGCCGGCACAGCCGCGCAAACGGGGAUGGUCAUGGCCGUGGCCCUCUUCUACUCAUCUAGCCGGGAACUCCACGUCGCGGCCGCCUACGAAGACGGCCAGGUGAUGGUUUUUGCGCGGCGAGGUGCGCAGGAUGUUUCGGGAAAUGCGAGUUUCUGGAAAUGGGAGAAGGUUUAUGUCGCGCGGCCGCAUUCCCAGCCCGCCUUGUCGAUUGAUGUUUUUCCCGCUGGGGGGUAUUUUGUUUCGUCGUCCGCGGAUGCGUUGUUGGUCAGGCAUCCUGUUCCGGGGUUUGGGGAGACGACUACGCUGAAGACGGUGGAUACGAAGCAUUCCGGGCAGCAGGGGUUGAGGAUUCGGUCUGAUGGGAGGGUGUUUGCGACUGCGGGCUGGGAUUCGAGGAUUCGCGUGUAUUCUUGUAAGACGAUGAGGGAGUUGGCGGUUUUGAAGUGGCAUAAGGAGGGCUGUUAUGCGGUUGCUUUUGCGGAUGUGGUGGGUUCUGAUGUUUCGGGUGGUACUGCUACUACUACGAAGGGUGAUGGAGAGUUCUCGCUUGCUACGGUGCAGCGUCAGCGGAAUCAGAAGGUCCAGAAGACGCAUUGGUUGGCGGCGGGUUCAAAAGAUGGAAAGAUCUCAUUGUGGGAUAUCUACUGA